CGGAGGAAGCUGAACUCUGCUUUCCCCACAUCAACACCUCCUGCAGGAGGACGACGGGUCCUUACGUGGAGACCAUGCUAACUUACACUGUGCUGUCCUGCAUCACGAUUCUCACCGUGAUCCUAAACCUGCUGGUCAUCAUCUCUAUCUCACACUUCAAGUAGAGUCACAACUUCUGCACAUGGUUCCAGCAUACGAUUAAAUUUAGGUCUCUCAUGCAACCAUGUUUGAAAAAUCUUUGAUUUGCUACUGUAGCUAUACAUGCACUGAUCUGACCUUGCAGUUCUCCUAGUAUUAUAUGUUGUUGGUUGUACAUAGAACAUCAGUGUUCUCAGUGAUGAUUUUCUCUGAUUUCAGGCAGCUCCACACCACCACCAACCUCCUCCUCCUCUCACUGGCUGUCAGUGACUUUCUUGUGGGUCUUCUGCAGAUGCCACUUCUUCUCCUAAACAACGAAGGCUGCUGGUUCUUGGGCGACGUCAUGUGUGUCGUGCAUUACUUAUUCGCUUUCCUUGUUGUCAGCGUUUCAGUGGGAUGCAUGGUGCUCAUAUCAGUCGACCGCUAUAUAGCAAUUUGUAACCCCAUGUUUUACACCACCAGAGUCACUCUGACCAGAGUUAAACUCUCUGUUUGUCUGUGUUGGAUAUUGUCUGGUGUGCAUGGCAGUUGGAUAUUCAGGGAUGUCUUAAAACAGCCUGACAUAUAUAACACCUGCUAUGGAAGUUGUGUAAUUGUGAUCGGUUUCGCUGAAGGACUUGUUGAUAUUAUUACCACGUUUUUAGGCCCCAUUUUAGUCAUAGCAGUUCUGUAUUUGAGAGUGUUUGUGGUGGCUGUGUCUCAGGCUCGGGCCAUGCGCUCUCACGUCGCAGUCGUCACAGUGCAGCGUUCCCAGACUGUAAAAGCAAUGAAAUCUGAGAUUAAAGCAGCCAGGACUCUUGGUAUUGUAUUGGUAGUUUUUUUUCUCUGCUCAUGUCCAUAUCAUUGUUUUGCUAUUGCAGCUGAGACUGCCUCGCUUGGGGCAUCAUCUUCGGUCAUUAUGGUUUGGUUAGUCUACUUAAACUCAACCUUUAACCCUGUGAUUUAUGUCUUUUUCUACCCAUGGGUCAGAAAAACCAUGAAAUACAUUUUUACUCUUCAGAUUUUGCAGCCUGGCUCCCGUGAAGUGAGUGUGAUGUAGAAAGAGGGACUCUGAAGAAAAUAUUAAAUUGAAAUAUAUGAAAGCCUUCUGUUUAUUGUGUCAAGUAAGUAUUUUUACUGAAUGCAAAGAUUUGUAUGUGUUUUAAUCCUGAGAAAGAUAAAUGGCCACAAAACAUAAUCUUUCCGAAAAGCCCCUGACACUGAUGACACCAGUAGUUCAGUGGAGGGUAGUAAUUACACAAAGUACAUGAGUGAUGAGCAAUAACACAAAUAAUUAUUAAUUAAAAUGAUUAUUAAAUGCUUUAUUCAUGUGUAUGGACAUACAUUACCAGCCUAAACUCUGCAAGAAUAAAAAAUAUGAAUUUCAUUAGAGCCACAGGCAAAGAAGACUGAAAGACUUACAUACAAUAAAAAUAAAAUUGUUAUA